AUGCGAAUAUCUGGCCACGCCGGUCCGAGGAACAUGGCAAUGACUGUUUCCCAAAAUACAGUGGCGGCGACAACGGAGAGGGAGGGCCACGCAGCAGGCAGCACAGUGCGGGUCUGGGCGUGGAUUCGUAUUUGGUGCCGUGGUGGUUACUGUGCGGGGCCCAAGACGGCAAUGGGGCCCCCGUCCCCAAAACCCAAGCGUGCGGAGACAAGUACUUUAUCCGUAAGUGUAGGGCAGGCUCGGACGGACCACGCUGAGCCAUGCUUCCAGCAGUUUCCAGCGCAAGGGGCGCCACAAGUGCUCUCUCUCUGCCCACAGCCGCAAAAGGGCCACUUGGUAACAUCAGCACAGGCAUACAUCGUCAGGUGUUGGGUAAUCGAGCACGGAGGUGCUGGAAAGACUACCGGCCGGAGUGAACGGUCGUCGGUGGAGCCGAGAAACGGUAUCUGA